AUGGCGGCCUCCAUGGCAGAAAGUUAUAGGACAUCCUUGUACCUGGCCCGGAGCCUCCGAAUGGCCAAGCCACGGCUUGCUGCUCUCGCGGCUAGUAUCUGCCGUGUCCGCACGGUCCCAACCCGGUUUCAGAGCACCGGGCCUUACGAGCCCGGUGGGUUCAAGCCGCCGCCGAAACCUGUCAUCGUGGACGAGCGCCGAGCCCCGGAGGAAGAGAGAAGGUUCCUGAGUCCUGAAUUCAUCCCUCCAAGGGGGAGAAUAAACCCUCUGAAAUUUCAGAUAGAAAGGAAAGAUAUGCUAGGCAGGAGAAAGGUGCUUCCCAUUCCAGAGUUCUAUGUCGGAAGCAUACUGCGUGUCACCACAGCCGACCCCUAUGCCAGUGGAAAAACCAGCCAGUUCCUGGGGAUUUGCAUCAAAAGAUCAGGAAAUGGGCUUGGGGCUACUUUCACCCUCAGGAACACGAUUGAAGGACAGGGUGUGGAGAUUUGCUUUGAACUGUAUAAUCCUCGAAUCCAGGAGAUCCAAGUGGUGAAGUUAGAAAAGCGGCUGGAUGACGACCUGCUGUACUUACGUGACGCCCUUCCUGAGUACAGCACCUUUGACGUCAAUAUGAAGCCCGUCCCAUAUGAGUCCUGCCAGGAAGUGCCUGUUAACAAGCUGAAAGUUAAAAUGAAGCCAAAGCCGUGGUCCAAACGCUGGGAACGUCCGAAGUUCAACAUUAAAGGAAUCAGAUUCGAUCUUGCUUUAACUGAAGAGCAAAUGAAAGAAGCCCAGAAGUGGAACAAGCCAUGGAUUGAGUUUGAUAUGAUGAGAGAGUAUGACACUUCAAAAAUUGAAGCUGCAUUGUGGGAAGAAAUAGAAGCAUCAAAGAAGUCUUGAUCCUGGGACUGGUGAAUGGUUCAACAGGGACUGGAGAACAGCUCAGUGGUUAAGAUCUCUUCUGAGGACCUGGGUUUGGUCCCCAGCACAUCAGGUGGCCCACAGCCUCCUGGACUCCAGUUCCAGAGGAUCUGAUGCCUUCCAGCCCCUACAUGGAGGUAGUGCUAAACCCACCCAGGUAUAUACAUGACCACACAUAUAAAAAUAAAUCUUUUGAAAAAAAUUUUUUUUCUUAACAAAUUGACAAUGAAUUAAAAUCUGGAGACACACUGGCACUCUCUUGCACUGAGUUCAUACAAUAAAUCAGUACAGAUUCUGGAAGGAUAAUUUGUAUAAAAAUUGUUAACAUUUAAUAAAGGUUUCCUCCUUUGCUGAUUUGUAAACAGCUGGAGUUUGUUGAAGAUGG